UUACUGUAUCAUACACUUGGUGUGAAGGGACUAAACCUAUAUGAAGACCCUUGCAAGUUGAAAACCCUAAAGAUAGAUCAGAAAAUUGGGGAUCCGGAGAUUAAAAACACCAUUUUUUGUGAUGUUUGUUUCAACAACACAUGUCAUAUAACAAAUAUAGUUCUCAAGGCCCUUAGCCUUCCAGGAAAACUCCCACCUGAGUUGGCCAAUCUUCGAUAUCUCCAAUCGAUUGACUUAUGUCGGAACUACCUCUCCGGGACAAUCCCAAUGGAGUGGGCUUCACUGCCAAACCUCACGUCCAUCUCACUCUGCGCAAAUAAUUUUUCUGGGACUUUGCCAACUGGGUUGCAAAACUUCAAGAAUCUGACUUUUUUAUCGCUUGAAGCCAACCAGUUCUUUGGCACCAUUCCUGAUGAGCUUGGUAACUUGACCAACCUAAACGGAUUGCAACUUGGCUCCAAUCAGUUUAAUGGAAGCCUGCCUAGCACUCUUGCUAGACUGGUAAAUCUUACGGAUUUUAGGGUAAGUGACAAUAACUUCCAAGGCACCAUCCCAGAAUAUAUUGGCAAGUGGUCUCAGCUUGAAAAGCUACAUCUAUACGCAAGCGGACUGAAAGGUCCUAUGCCUGAAGAAGUGGCCCUCUUAGAAAAUCUUACUGACCUGCGUAUCAGUGAUACGACUGGGAUAAACGCUGUUCCAAUUCUAUCCAGCAAAGACAUCAUCAAGACCCUGAUUUUGAGGAAUGUGGGUUUGUCUGGUUCAAUUCCUCCUUACAUCUGGAAUUUGAAAGAGUUAAAGACUCUAAAUCUUUCAUUGAUGAUAAUUAGAGUUUAUGGGAAACAUGGGCUUGGGCCAGAAAGCAAGCGUGCCUUGGCAUAUGAGUCCGCAUGCCCACUAAAAUCCCUACUGACGAAAGUUAAAAAACAAGAAGUGAAAGACGACGAGGAGAUCGUGACGAUGUCCGAGAGCACCCCGUAGAGAUCAAUCGGUCGCCGUCCCGACUCUAAAGCUCUGACGAGCACUUGGGAAUCUGAUCUGAGCCAGAUAUGGUUGAUGUUGAGAUCGAUCGUACUUAAGAGGGCUUGACGAAUCGCUAGCGCCUCCGCCAUGCAAGCUGAGGAGAUAUGAUCUUGAAAACAUGAGCCUCUUCCAACUUCCGAUCCAUCCUGAUUUGAGAAAAUCCAAGCUAAACCCCCUGUUCCCGAAUCGCUUUUCCAAGCAGCAUCGGUAUUACACAAGAUCGUCUGAGGGUGGAUGGGGAACGGUACUGACGGUAGCGAGAUCUUUGGGGCCGUAGGAGCGUCGAAAUGGAUCUGCGCCUGUUCCCAUUCUCUACUUGCGAUGAUUGCUCUAGCUACAAUCUCUGGGGCCGUCGAGGGCUAAUUUUCAAAGAUGAGUUGGUUUCGUGAUGUACAGAUGAACCAACAUAGCCAAGGGAAGGCAUUGAUGCUGAGACCGUAAGGUGGGAGGACUUUCCACGAAUACGACGUCAUGAGAGCUGCUUUGAUCGAAGUACAUCCCACUGAGUCGAAGGUAGUCGUCCAUGGUCCUAACGCCCACUUAACUGCUAAGGAAUUUGCAUAUGCAUGCUUAUACAUACUAUAGGCUGCACACUUAACUGCUAAGGAAUUUGCAUAUGCAUGCUUAUACAUACUAUAGACUGUCAUGGACUCAUGGGUAAGUACAUGAAUAGACAUCAUCUCCAGAGAAAAAAGUAACAGUGAUAUACAUGUACGAGUAUAAAUUACUAAUCUAUAGACUUGAUUGGUUAUUAUUGUAGCUUAAGAUAACUUUGCACUAGAAUCUAAAUGGUUGGUUUUUGUA